UGCACCAGCACACUUUUAGAUCAUUCCAGACACGGCACUCAGCAUGACAACAUGUUACAAUGUACCAGUCAUCCGUCCCUGGUAAGUCUUUUAAAUAUAUGAUCAUAUUACUUGUUAUUUUAUUGAAGAUCCUACAUUUGUACAUGUAAUCGUCUUGGUUAUUUACGUUCAUGUUAUGUCCAUCGUCGCGUGUCCGUUAUUCAUGUCAUGUUUAUACAUUUGUAGGCCUUCUGAUUAAACCUGAAACUUAUACAAGUUGUCCGUGUGAUGUUUGCCCACACACAUAAGGCUACACACAUUUAAGUCACCGGAGCGGAAGGCUCCGGUACAGGUGUGCACCGCUCCGCUCCGGCAGGGCUCCGGCGCUCCAGUAGCGCUCCGUUAGGUUUUGGUAUAAAAGGUGUGAAAGCGAGAGGAGAGGGGGAGUUCAGUUCAGAGAGGGAGUUCAGUUCAAGCCAGAGAGUGUUAGGUGUUACUUUGCUGGAUUUUGCUACGUAUGCUGAUGAAAGCGAGAGCGGUGUUGCCAUUUAUAUAUGCUCUGUACACUGCUGAUGUUGCUGAAUACAUAGACUGAAACUUUACGACGGUGUUGAAUUGUGUUUCUCGACGACCCACACUAUUUAAUUCUAAACUCAGGUAUUGUGGCGGGUGUCUGACGCUACCUCGAGGACACCUACCGAGGGCUGCGGGACUUUGAGUAUAUAGUUCCCCGGCUAUUUUCGCUACAUUACCUCUAUUUCCUCUAUUGACCCCAAGUCCCUCUGGCCCCAAGGUAGCCACACCCUCUAUUUAUACAUUAGAUCUCAUUUGCCCAAUAAUGCUCCAGACCAAAUUCCAUCAAAAUCCAUUCAGGCAUUCAGGACUAGUAGGGAUUUUAUAGGAUGACAGACGCCGGAUGCUGCAUCAGGUGAUCAAAACAUGCCAGAAAUUCCUAUAUAGUCUGUGAUAUAAAGUCUUUAUAUAAUGGUAUUUCUGGCUAUUUUAUUAAUAUAAGACUAGACAUGCCUCUGUCUCGGGUAGAGGUGAAGUCACUUUCACCGGGGAGUUAUUGUUAAAGACAAAUCACGAUAAUGAUGUUUCUGAAAUAAGAUAUCUUACUUUACUUUCAUCUUUAUUUUCAAAGUUAACAAUAUUACUGCUUUAUCAUCAAUACAAACUGUACUUGGGGGUUCUUCAUGUACAAUUAAUGUUUCCAAAUGAUUUCCCUGAACUUUAUUGUUAUGAGGUUAAUUUUAUCUGAGUAUGUAAUUUCACAGAUGUGAUGUUGCCCUUUCUACGCUUUCUUUGUUUGGGGGAUGCUAAAUUUAUAGUGAUGAGUCCUGUUUGUCUGAAAUAUUUGUGCCCAAGAAAUGUAGUAUUCUGGAGAGUAAACAAACAUUCUCCUAGAGCUGGUCACUUUUCAGUACAAACAUACUAAAUCUCCUAGAGCUGGUCACUUUCAGUACAAACAUACUAAAUCACCUAGAGCUGGUCACUUUCAGUACAAACAUACUAAAUCUCCUAGAGCUGGUCACUUUCAGUACAAACAUACUAAAUCUCCUAGAGCUGGUCACUUUCAGUACAAACAUACUAAAUCUCCUAGAGCUGGUCACUUUCAGUACAAACAUACUAAAUCUCCUAGAGCUGGUCACUUUCAGUACAAACAUACUAAAUCUAGAGCUGGUCACUUUCAGUACAAAUAUACAUGUAUCUAUAUACUGUUCUUCUUUUCAGUGUCAUGUUAUACAUCUCUUCCAGAUCGUUUUUCCUUUUGCCACAGAUUUAGAUAUUGAUACGUCACAUCUGACAGAAAACCAGUCAGCAGACUAUUGACAAGUAUAAUGGCGGUCCUGGCUGGUGAAAAUGACUUCAGUGAUCAGAACGUUUCCCCUACAGACUCUCCGGGUGAAGAUCUGGAACUGGGAUCUGUUUUGGAGGAUAUACUUGAUUUAGAGUCUGAAUAUCUGUCAACAAGAAAAAGGACAGAUGAGGAUUAUACCACUCUAAUUAGUGGCCAAAAACUCCAGGACCCUGGAAAAGACCAGCAAAUGAUCGUUGCUGAUUUUGAUGAUCCAUUACCAUUUGAGGAUAUAAAGAGACAAAGUCCCAUAUAUGACUCGAGUUUAUGCCCAGUAGACUAUCAGCCCUAUGUCGGCACAUCAGAACCACAAGAUUCAGAAUUUGGAGAAAAGCUAUGGUUGAAUGCAAAGAACCACAGUCCACCACAGAUCCCUCCACAGAUAGUAGAUGAUGGGGCUUUGAAGAAUCCUGUAUACACUGACCAAGAAAAAGCCGCUGUUCAGGAACGGAGAAGGAAGAGAGUCUCGGUGCUCAGGGAUACAAAAACCAAAAAUGUGUAUGUCCGGAAAAUGUCCAAAAUUGAAGAUGGCCGCUAUGGCCACUAUCUUAAAAACAUACUGUAUUUCGAAAUUUUUCUCCUGCUCUGCUGGUUCCAUGGAGCUAAGUAA